GCAGACUGUGGACCCAGCGCCAGCCCGCGGAACAUCCCUGUAGGAAGAGGGGCGCGAGAGAUCCACGAGAAGGGGCAGCAAGCCGCCUGAUUGACAGCUCGAAAUCUGAUCUUGUGAAAGAGACGCGGAGCCAAUGGGAGGCAGCGAUCCAUCAGUUUGGAUUGGAGGCCCCUGGAGGAGAAGUAGAGGAAAAACCACCGAAUUGAGCUCUGUCAGAGGCGCUUUCGGCUUCCAAGGGGGAAGUGCUGGGCGAUAAUUAAUGUUUUUAUUAAAUUUGGAGGGAAUUUUUUGCAGCCGUUCGCCUAGCGUGGCCUUCAGUCCCGUUAGGUGCAAAGCAAGUCUCGUUGAUCGCCAUUGCUAGUUUUGCACACGUUUGCGAAUCAGAGCUGCCCGGGGUACACCGACCGCGCAGGGAAACAUCGAGAGUGUAAAUAAAUACAUCGCCUCUUGUUCGGAUUUAUGCUACUGCCGAAAAUAUGUAAAUUGUGAACUCUCUUGGCUCUCUUUGGAUCCAGCCUAAAAGCCAUCUUGUUCCCCUCUAGGUUGAUAGAAGUCCACAUCCCGAGGAAAUCUCCAGCUAAAUGCUCAAAAUAUAAAACACUGAGCUGAGCUUUGCGAAGAACAGCAGAAUGGAUGGAUUUUAUGACCAGCAAGUGCCUUACAUGGUCACCAAUAAUCAGCGUGGGAGAAAUUGUAACGAGAAACCAACAAAUGUCAGGAAAAGAAAAUUCAUUAACAGAGAUCUGGCUCAUGAUUCUGAAGAACUCUUUCAAGAUCUAAGUCAAUUACAGGAAACAUGGCUUGCAGAAGCUCAGGUACCUGACAAUGAUGAGCAGUUUGUGCCAGACUAUCAGACUGAAAGUUUGGCUUUUCAUGGCCUACCACUGAAAAUCAAGAAAGAACCCCACAGUCCAUGUUCAGAACUCGGUUCUGCCUGCAGUCAAGAACAGCCCUUUAAAUUCAGCUAUGGAGAAAAGUGCCUGUAUAAUGUCAGUGCCUAUGAUCAGAAGCCACAAGUGGGAAUGAGGCCCUCCAACCCCCCAACUCCAUCCAGCACCCCAGUGUCCCCACUACAUCAUGCGUCUCCAAACUCCACUCACACUCCAAAACCUGACCGCACCUUCCCAGCUCACCUCCCUCCAUCGCAGACCAUACAAGAUAGCAGCUACCCCAUGGACCACAGAUUUCGCCGCCAGCUUUCUGAACCCUGUAAUUCUUUUCCUCCUUUGCCAACAAUGCCAAGGGAAGGACGUCCUAUGUACCAACGGCAGAUGUCUGAGCCAAACAUCCCCUUCCCCCCUCAAGGCUUUAAGCAGGAAUACCACGACCCAGUGUAUGAACACAACACCAUGGUUGGUGGUGCGGCCAGCCAAAGCUUCCCUCCUCCUCUGAUGAUUAAACAGGAACCCAGAGACUUUGCAUAUGAUUCAGAAGUGCCUAGCUGCCACUCCAUUUAUAUGAGGCAAGAAGGCUUCCUGGCUCAUCCCAGCAGAACAGAAGGCUGUAUGUUUGAAAAGGGUCCCAGGCAAUUUUAUGAUGACACCUGUGUUGUCCCAGAGAAAUUUGAUGGAGACAUCAAACAGGAGCCAGGCAUGUAUCGGGAAGGCCCCACGUACCAGCGGCGGGGGUCACUUCAGCUCUGGCAGUUUUUGGUAGCUCUUCUGGAUGACCCUUCAAAUUCUCAUUUCAUUGCGUGGACUGGGCGAGGCAUGGAAUUUAAACUGAUUGAGCCCGAAGAGGUGGCCCGGCGUUGGGGCAUUCAGAAAAACAGGCCAGCUAUGAACUAUGAUAAACUAAGCCGUUCGCUUCGCUAUUAUUAUGAGAAAGGAAUCAUGCAAAAGGUGGCUGGAGAGAGAUAUGUCUACAAAUUUGUGUGUGAUCCAGAAGCCCUGUUCUCCAUGGCCUUUCCAGAUAAUCAGCGCCCACUGCUGAAGACAGACAUGGAACGUCACAUCAAUGAAGAGGACACGGUGCCUCUGUCUCACUUUGACGAGGGCAUGGCCUACAUGCCGGAAGGGGGCUGCUGCAACCCCCAUCCCUACAAUGAAGGCUACGUGUAUUAACACAAGUGACAGUGAAGCAGGGCCUGCUCAAGCGUUUCCUCUUUUUGCAGGAUGCAGAGAAUCUCUGAGUGCUCUUCGAUUUUUGAUUUUUGUUGUUUGUAUUUUAUUUUUAAAUAAUAAUACACAAAAAGGGGCUUUCCUGUUGCAUUAUUCUAUGGUCUGCCAUGGACUGUGCACUUUAUUUGAGGGUGGGUGGGAGUAAUCUAAACAUUUAUUCUGUGUAACAGGAAGAUAAUGGGUGAAUGGGUGGGGGAAUACGGGGAUUACUUUUUACUUAGGCUUGGGAUGGGGUCCUACAGGUUUUAAGUAUGAUGAAGCUAUAUCAUGUUUAUUUGAUUUCAUAACAACAUAAGAAAAUGUUCAUUUUCUCUGGGUAUCUAUGGUACAGUUAAUUCACAUUGUGUAAAUAUCCACUUGGAGACCAUUUGCCUUGGGCAUUUUCCCCUCUCAUUUCUGAGUCUCUGCAAGAUGUACAAAAACAAAAACAAACAAACAAACAAAAAAAAAAACAAAAAAAAACAAAAAACAAAAAACAAAAAAAACCCUACUGUAAAUGGCAGUUUAAUUGUUAGAGAUGACUGGUUUUGCACCUGUUGUAAAAAGGUAUUUAGAGAUUGCAUUUGCUGUUUUUGUUUUGUUUUGCUCUAUAUAUGACUCACAGAGGAUAACCAUAAAAUGGGUAAUUCUCUCUGAAGUUGAGUGAUCACCAUGACGGUAAAUGAGGGGCACAAUUUUGGACUCUGGCUCCAAACUGAGUCAUAGGCCAGUAGCAUUACAUGUAUCUGGUGCCACCUUGCUGUUUAGAUACAAAUCAUAAUGUCGUUUAAAUAUUUUGAAGCCCGUUUCAGUUAAAUAAUGAUAUGUCAUGGUCCUUUGAGAUCUUCAUUUAAAUGUUAAAUCCAGGAUCACAAUGAAGCAAAAAAUAUCUAUCUCACUUCCUUCAGUACAUAAAAAGACAUUAUUUAAUCGAUAAGAAUUAACUGUACUAAAUCACAUAUUAUGCUGUUCUAGAUACAGCAAGCACUCCUUAAGAAAAAUAUCCAAUACACUAAAUAGGUACUGUAGUAAUUUUUAGACAUGGUACCCGUUGAUAUGCAUUUAAACCUUUUACUGCUGUGUUAUGUUGAUAACAUAUAUAAAUAUUAGAUAAUGCUAAUGCUUCUGCUGCUGUCUUUUCUGUAAUAUUCUCUUUCAUGCUGAAUUUACUAUGACCAUUUAUAAGCAAUGCAGUUAACUACAGAUAGCAUUUCAGGACAAAAUAGAUGACUCAAACCAUUUAUUGCUUAAAAAAUAGCUUAUGCCAUGCUAUGCUAUGAGCAGCUUUUAUGCACAUUGACAAAUGAAGAGUAAGCUUCAGCUUGCUAAGGGAAACUGUGGAACUUUUGUAACUUUUGGUGAAAUAGAAAAUUAUUUACAAACUGUCAAAGAUCUGAGGAAGUUGCUGUAUGACAUAGUGCUGGCACUGAUAUUCAUCAUCUUGUUUUGGACACUUGUGUAAAUGUGUUUGGAUUGUUUGAAAGAAGAUUUAAAGAUUUAAAGUUUCAAAGGUUUUUGUUUUGUUUUUGUUUGGCAUUUGGAGAAAAUAUUGAAAGCAGAAUAUGUUGUUUCAUUCGCCUUGGAAAAAAACAAAGUAAAUGGUGUUAUAAUAUCCUUGAAAAGCUUGCUGAACCAUUCAGACAAGAAGCAUGAAUUUUGUUCAAUCCAUCAAUAUCCCAGAGGAACAGCAUUUUUUAAGAGUCUAUAAUGAAAUGUUAAAAAAAAAUCCAAAACACAAAGCCAAAAUGAACCUAUAAAAGCAUUUCUUGGUGAACACAGGAAAGAUUGUUGAAAGAUGAUUUCUCGGCUACCCAUUUUCCAAAAUGGCACAGAUCACAGCUCAUUUAUCUAAAUUGAACAGCUAUUGGGAAACCCAUAUACAGUGAUCAAUACUAGUCACACUUAAUCCUACAAAAAGAUCUAUUUUAAUUUCAUUGUAUGUAUGUAACCUGUGAUUUCAAUGAUUGUUCUGCCUAUACAUUAUAUAUCAUUAGGCCCAUUAUGGGUUAAUAAGUAUGCCUUAAAAAUGAGAACUUUUUUCCCCCUACUAUGCUCAUGUGGCCAUUUACAGCACUUAGAAUAAAAACAAAUUUUAAAAUAUUCAGCUAAAGAUUUAUUGGAAAGAGUAUUAAUGUAUUUGGAGAAAUUGAAGGAGAAAUUAAAAGUGGGUCUUUAAAAUAGCAUCUAAAUGAAAUUGUAUUGAGGAUUCUUUUUCUUUCUUUCUCCUUUUCUUUUUUUCCUUGAUCUUUUUUCUUUUUAAUAUCUAGUUCUAAUUUCCCAUUGGGGAAGGAUUGGGCUAUGAGUUAUCUUAAUGGAUCAAAGGAAGAACUGGUAUUAAUUAUAUAAUAUUUAAGGCCAAACUAUUUUUCUGCUUAAGGUAGUGACUCACAAAACAAAAUGAGUAAUUGGCCUGUUAACAUUAAGAAUAUUUCCAGUACAGAAGGGUUCAAACGUUGCAUUAUAAACUCUUUUGGGAAAUGUAUCUCAAGUUCUUUUUUUUUUUUUAAGUUCUGUUUUUAUUCUUUUUGUUUGCUUGUGUUUUUAUUUUCAGAUAGAUUAAUAAAUCUGGCAGCUGAUUUCUGCGAGAUUCUUGUGUUUUGAAUUUCUAAUUGAAUUGGCUAUUAGAAAUCCUUUAAAAAUAUAACAUUUUCCUUCAACUUGGUAAAAUAAACUAAAAGAAAUCUCUCCCCUAAUUUUGCUGCCUCUCAGUGAUGAUAUGCUAUUACCCAACAGACUGAUUACAACCAAGAACGGUACAUCCUAAAUAACUAAUGAAAAAUGACUUUUCUUAAGUUAUGCCUCUGAAAAAUACUGAAAAAUAAAAGUACACAAAGCUAGCAGUGCACAACAGUUUUCUGAAAUCAUGUGUGGGUCUUGGAGGUAAUUUAUUUGAAUCUUCUUUCUACAGAUAGUUUUAAUUUCUUGUGGCUGCCCUAACAAAGGUAAUGGUUCAAAGCUACACAAAUAUAUCCUUUUAUAGUCCUGAAGAUCAAAAGUCCAAAAUGAGCCUAAAGGUGCUAAAAUCAAGGUGUGCAUGUAGGGAUUCUUUCGAAGGUUCCAGGAGAGAAUCCCAUUCUAGCUUCUACUUUUAGAGGCUACUGACAUUUCUGAGUCCCGGCUCCUGGCUUCAGCACUCCAGUCUUUGUUUCUGUCGUCAUGUCCCUCUUUGUACUGAAGUCAAAUAUUCCUCAACCUGCCUCUUCUAAGGACACUGAGGAUUGUAUUUAAGGUCCUCGCAGAUAACCCAGGAUGAUUUCUCCAUCUCAAGAUCUUUCCUUUGUCACAUCUUUGAAGGCCCUUUUGCCUGUUUCAUUCACAGCUUCCCAGAUCAGGACAUGGAGGUGGAGGGUUGUGGGGAGGGUGCUGUUAUUUAGCCCAUCACCUAGAUGAAGACGCUCUGGUCAAAAUACUGAUUGAUUUACCUCUAGACAAAAGUUGUGUUGAUGGAGAUAGGGUGAGAAGUUACUGAAAAGCAUUUUUGUUUACCAUUGAAAUAGUUUUACUAUACUCUGCAUAAAUGGUACUGAAAACAUUCUAUUAAAGUUCACCUAUUCCAAUAAAGGAUCUAGUAAUCGCAUCAAACGAUGACAUGACUUUAUAACCCCUUGUGUAAAUAUUAUGUGAUGAGCGAUAAGGUGUGUUAAGUACAGCGUAGUAGCACAGUUAAUUCUGUCGUCCAAGCCAGAUUAUAUAUUUUUUAAAUAAAUUUCUUUUUGUGCUGGUA